AACAGCAGGACGUCAGAUCUCCAGGAACAGGGUUGGGGACCACAGAAAUAAAUGAUCUGAACAGAUUGGCUUUUGGAUACAGUUUGUGUUCAUACAAAUAGCCAUAGCCAUUAUUUUUGUAAAAAUAUAGCUUGAGUUGGAUUUUAUUUUUUAAUUUUGGAGGUUGUAUCACACCCUAUCAAUACAAUUAAGUCUUUGGUAUGAGCUUGCAUACUGUUCAACUAGUGUUCAACAGAGCUCAAGUGUGCCGGACGCUGCGCGCAGCCCCUAAGGCGUCUUCAUCACGCAACUGCGCAGUGCUUCCACAACCCAAUCUGUGUGAUUCAGAUUUCCGGGCAGCAUGUAGUUCAAGAUGGCGGUAGUUAGGUCGGGCCGAACGUCCACUGUGCUGUCCUCCGUGCCCUUCCAGAUAACGCUCUACCUGUCGGCCGUCUACUUCCUCUUCUACUUCCUGUCCACGCUCUGCAUGAUCGUCUACAAGAGCCAGGUGCUGAGCUAUCCUGAUGGAAACCUGACCCUGGAUCUGUGUCUGCUAUUCCUCAUGGCUGCGCUGGAGCUUCUGAGACUGUACUGGGGUGUGAAGGGGAACCUGCAGGAGAGUGAGCGGGGUGUGGGGGCGAGUCUGGCUAUGACGGGGGGAACGGUGCUGCUGUGCUUGUACUUCCUGCUCUGGCAGUCCUACGUGCUGCGAGCCGACGUCAUCAUCAACGCCGCGCUGCUGGCCGGCUACCUGCUGGCCUUCCUCCUGGGGUUCGUCACGCUGGCGCGAUUCGCCAGUGCCUACGUGUGAAAGAGUUCAUCCUCUCAUGCCUCUGCUGCUGACUACGUGGGACGCCCCUGGCUGCUGCACCCCCCCCCACCUUCACAGCAGCGGGUUCAAUUCACCAUUGGGACGUCCCGUUCUGGAUCAGAGGCAUUUGGGUUAAAGUCAUAGGGCAGGUUCACAUUGAGCUGUUCCCUUUGCUGCGCCUUGUUCCAAAAUGAAAGGCAGCAAAAUUACCCUCUUUUUUCCCCCCCAUGCCUCAAAAUGGAUAAAAACAUUUUUUUACCUAUUAAUGUAUGGUCCAAUGAAACCCAUCCCUGUUCCCUGAUUGGUCUGUGGUGAUUACAUCAUAGACAUGCAGCUCAUCACAGCUUCCCUGAUGGUAUGACAGGUUUCAUGGUGGUACCCAUACCCCUGUUCCAUGCAAGUGGGGGACAAAAAAAUCCCAUAAUCCCCCACGCACUGUUUCCAGCGUGGGUGCAGAGCGGCCAAUGAGUGCCCAUUGUGAGCACCGCCCACUGGAAACUGUCCCAACCAGCUGCUUAUGUGAGCUCCAGUGGGGGUGUACCUGCAGAGCACAGUGCUGUAACCCUGCUGUCUGAUUCCGAACUCGCUGGCCUACUGUUCCAGCUUAAACACACGCUGGCCAUAGAAUCGCGGCGAGUUAAAAGCACGAUCAAAAGUUAUUUUAGUUUUUAUAAUUUUUUCACAUAAUUUCCACAGUUUUUACACACAAUUGUGUGUGUGUGGUGAUGUGGAAUUACUCCGGCUGUAGAUUGUUUUUCCAAACACCAGGGGGCAGCAAUGCCCCAUAAAUUGGGACUGUGUUGCUGCAACUGGGGUUAUUGUGAAUACCAUCAGCCUUCUCUGCAGGCUGAUGUACUUUUAUACUUUAUUUUUUCACCUUUUUUCUAUUUAUUGAUUUUGAAUAAAUGGAUCUUUGUACUUUGA